CUUCUUAAUUAUAUAAUACGAAUCUAUCCAUGCAGCAACUUUGAUUUGAAUGACUUGCAAAGAAUUGUGGUCAUAAAAGAAGUCAGCUACGGCUAAGAGGGUUUUUAACAAUCGUUAUGAAAGCCCACUCAGUCAGACCUGGUGUUAUUGUCUGGGAACAUAUAUAUAGACGACGAUGUCGGCAACUGGGCAAAAAUUAGAUAUCAAAUAUGAUUCCAUCCCAGAUAUCGUCGAUGAUGACGGAGUAAACGAUUCACAAAGCCGCGUACACUGCACCCCCAGUGCACAUUCUCUGUCACCAAAAAACGAUAAUGACGAUACGGAUUGUUUUAUUCACUGCUGUAAUCGUGUCAGUAACCCAGUGGCAUUUUUAUCCGUGAUAAUUCCUUUGUUUUCCAUCUAUAUGGGAACGUUAACUUAUUUAGGUGGCUGUAUAAGUACCAUUGAGAAGCAAUUCCAACUUUCAAGUUCUCAAUCUGGAUCAAUUGCGACUAUAAACGACAUAGUGAGCUUAUCUUUAGUUGUAUUCGUCACAUACUACGGCUCAAAAUCUCACCGUCCGCGCCUAAUCAGCGUUAGUAUUGUCAUCGCCGGCAUCGGAAUUUUUCUUCUAGCUGUGCCGCAUUUUACCGCCAAUCCCAGCGUAUAUAGACCUACUGAAAAUAGCGACUUGAAGGUUAACCAUACUGACGAAUCUGACCACUUGAUGACCAACAAUGAGUUAUGUUCUGUGGGUGAUGUGAUCGAGGACCGAUGUGCAUCUGGUGAAAUUACUGAAGAACAGCCCUUAAAUGUGUUCUGGUUAAUAAUUGGUCAGAUAUUGAUCGGCAUUGGAGGCGCGCCAAUGUUUCCGUUGACCAUCACUUAUCUGGACGACUCGACAGUAGAUUCCACGACAACCUCAAUAUACAUUGCUGGAAUAUUCGUCGCUAUGGGAUUGGGUCCUUUCAUAGGAUUCAUGGCGAGUUUCCAAUGUCUUUCUCUGUACGUGGAUUUCGAUCGAGUAGAUGGAGAAAACAUUCCGACUGAUCCUCGUGACCCUCGUUGGAUAGGGGCUUGGUGGCUUGGAUUUGUCUUGGCCGCUGUGCUAAUAGUGGUCCUAUCUAUUCCCUUGUUUUUCUUUCCUCGAAAUUUAAAGAAAUACGAAUGUACAUGUUGUGGUGAAAGAUCGAAGAAUACAGAGCAAGAGGAAGAAAAAUUCAGUAUUGCCGCUGUAUACAAAACAGAUUUUAUGAAAGAUAAAAAAAAUGGUAUUUUGGCCAGUCUGAAAGGACUUUUACUAGCGUUGAAGAGGUUACUGACCAACCCAACACUAAUAUUUUUAACCAUGACUGUUGCAUGUAACCUAGCGAUCGUCAGUGGAUUUGCGUUUUUCAUUGCUAAGUACGUAGAGAAGCAGUAUGCAGUCUCGGCAGCUACAGCGUCCAUUGUUAUUGGUGGAAUAAACUUACCAGGAACUGUAUUUAGUAAUGUGCUGAGUAGCUUCUGUGUAAAGAAAUUCAACUUAACUCAAUUCGGGCUUGGCAGAAUGCUGGUAGCCAUUGCUACUUGUUCAUUUCUUUUUUCCAUUCCUCUAUUAUUUAUUGGAUGCUCCAAUCCAGGGAUUGCUGGUGUUACAACACAUUACAAUACUUCAUUUAACCAAGGGCAAGGGUUGUUACCAAACUUAAUCUACUCCUGCAAUUCCAACUGCGCAUGCCCAGAUAACGUUUAUAAACCUGUGUGUGGUUCUGACGGAAUCACGUACAGUAGUGCGUGCCAUGCUGGAUGUACAGAUGUAUGGAGAGAAGGUAUGGGGAAUCUGGAUGAAGUAGGCUUAUCAAACAACGAAACGAUUUAUGUUGGAUGCAGCUGUAUAACCACUGGGGAUGAAUGGGAAACUACAGACGGAUUGAUUGAAGGAGGAUCUGGCACCGAAGGAUCAUGUGACUGGACAUGUGACAAACUUCUUCCGUUUGCCUUGAUUGUGGCUGUAAUAUCGGUCUGUGCUUCUAUGAAACCAAAUCCGGGAAUAAUGCUACUGUUGAGAUGUGUUGAACCAAGUGACCGUGCUCUCGCACUUGCGGUUGGCGGCGUUGUAAUAAGAGUGCUUGGUUUCUUACCUGCCCCAAUCUAUUUUGGCGCUAUAAUUUCCAGUACGUGUUUGAUUCGCCAGGAAUUGUGUGGCCGUGAAGGAGCAUGUCUUGUCUACGAUCUUGAGCGAUAUCGCUACUCAUUCAUCGGUCUGUUUGUUGGGUUAAAACUCUUAGCAGCUAUUCUCACAAUGUGCACACACUGUAGCAUAAACCCAGAUCGUUUGGAGAAAAACAAGACAAAGGCUCUGCCCAUCGAACUUUUGCCGAAUGACAGUAAACGAGGAAGUCCAUGAAAGAGACGAUUUCACGCAUUAUUAGAUUAAUAUAAAUUUUAUCUUGUGAUUAGUUUUCAUAUAACCAGAAUGUUUUAAAGGACAUUCUUUCAGCUUUGGUUUACUUAGAGGUUGACUGAUAUAUAAACAUUCAAAAUAUAUAAUAUGGAUAAAUAAUAUGGAUAAUCAACUUUUAAUUUAUAUUGAAACACAGAAAAUAUAAGAAUUAUAAAGAGAUAGAUAAUAAUUCUAUAAGGAAUUGUAGUAAAUUUUAUACUUACCUUAUUAACUGACUAAGCUAAUAUCCUGGAUAACUGAUAUUUUUUCGACUUAAGUUAAAUACAAUGCCUCAUAGGCUAAGUAGUUGUAGAAAAUAUUAUACGUAAGUCAAAAUGCAAUUUAAUUACGCAUUUCAUUUAACUCUGCAGCUUUUUAUGCAAAUACCAUAACCAGCUAGGCCAUUGAGACUUCGUUGGGAAUUCAAAUCCGCUAAUUCUUCACACUUUCGAUCUGGCUGUCUAAGCCCCAUCCAACAAAAUAAAAUACAAAUAAUUACGUGCUCAUAAAAUCUAUAUAAUAAAUUACCAUAAGAAUAUAUAAAAUAAAUAUAUAUUAUUUUUAAUGACAAUUAGAUUUAAAAUACUUUUAAAAAAUAAAUAAAUAUAUAUACUGAUCGCUAU